AGAAAUGAUAAAACGGCAUCACUUAAAUGAUUGCAGUCUAAUUGGAUAAUUUUGCUCAAGUACACAGUAGCAGUUUUCCCAAGUUAUGCAACAAACCGGAUCAUACCCAUUGUGGCGUUUACAUCCAAAUAUAAAUUCUGUUUGGCACCCAAGAAACUAGCAGAAGCUUUGAGUUUCUUCAAGUUCAAACCCCUCUUCCUCAUUUUCUUUCCCGAGAAAAGAAAAAGACUGGGAAACGACGGCAUACUGCAAACAAGAAAAGAGGAUUUUGUUUGAAUUGGGUGAAAAGGUCAUCCACUUCAGUAUAUUGUAUUGAAGAAAUCAACUUACAUUGUGACCAUGGCUGCUACAGAAUCAGUACUAUCAUUUCUAUGUGGUGGUCUACGUCAUCCUUAUUGUUCUGAUUGGUAUUUCAACAGUUCAAAUUUUAAAUCCAAUUUAAGCUUUAAAAGAUAUGGAGAUCCAUCAUGCCAUAAAUCAAUGAAUAGUUCAAAUGCGUUUCGCAAUGUGGAUAUUGUUUAUGAUGCAAAGAGUGAAUGCGCCAAGCUAUCAGAAUCUAUGAGAUGCAGAUGUCAAAAAGCUGAUAGUGUGGGUGGUUCGACUGCCAAUGAGGAUGUACCAACUCGAAAUGGUAUUAGUGGUGCGUCGAAUGUUCAAGAUUUUAAACAUAAAAUGGCUGGUAUCCCAUUGAAUGGCAAUUUAGAUGCAACAUCUGUUGACGAAGAAGCGUGGGACCUACUUCGUGCAUCCAUGGUUUACUAUUGUGGUAAUCCUAUUGGGACAAUUGCUGCUAAUGACCCUUCUGAUACUAGUACUCUGAACUAUGAUCAGGUUUUUAUUCGCGAUUUCAUUCCUUCGGGAAUAGCUUUCCUUUUGAAGGGAGAGUUUGAUAUUGUGCGAAACUUCAUCCUUUAUACCCUUCAACUGCAGAGUUGGGAGAAAACCAUGGAUUGUCAUAGCCCUGGUCAAGGCCUGAUGCCUGCUAGUUUCAAGGUACGAACCGUUCCCCUUGACGGAGAUGAAUCUAGUACUGAAGAAGUCCUUGAUCCUGAUUUUGGCGAGGCAGCAAUUGGUCGAGUUGCACCCGUUGAUUCCGGAUUGUGGUGGAUUAUAUUGUUACGAGCUUAUGGAAAAUGCUCCGGAGAUCUCUCCGUGCAAGAGAGGGUCGAUGUGCAAACUGGGAUAAAAAUGAUUUUAAAACUGUGUCUUGCUGAUGGUUUUGAUAUGUUCCCAACUUUAUUGGUGACGGAUGGUUCAUGUAUGAUAGAUCGUCGAAUGGGAAUUCACGGACAUCCAUUGGAGAUUCAGGCACUCUUUUAUUCAUCAUUACUCUGCGCACGCGAGAUGCUUACUCCUGAAGAUGGUUCAGCUGACCUCAUUAGAGCUCUCAACAAUCGUCUAGUCGCGUUAUCGUUUCACAUCAGGGAAUAUUACUGGAUUGAUAUGAAGAAACUCAAUGAAAUCUACCGAUACAAGACAGAGGAAUACUCAUAUGAUGCAGUUAAUAAGUUUAAUAUCUAUCCAGAUCAGAUUCCGUCAUGGUUGGUGGAAUUUAUGCCUAAUAGAGGAGGCUAUUUAAUAGGAAACUUGCAACCAGCUCACAUGGACUUCCGUUUCUUUUCGCUCGGAAACUUAUGGUCUAUAGUUAGUAGUCUUGCUACAUUUGAUCAGUCUCAUGCCAUAUUGGAUCUUGUUGAAGCAAAAUGGACAGAGUUAGUUGCUGAAAUGCCAUUCAAAAUAUGCUACCCUGCUCUUGAUGGUCAGGAAUGGGGAAUCAUUACAGGCUGCGACCCCAAGAACACUCCAUGGUCUUAUCACAAUGGUGGCUCUUGGCCUACAUUGCUUUGGCAGCUCACUGUGGCGUGCAUUAGGAUGAAUAGGCCAGAGAUUGCAGCGAAAGCUGUGAAGCUUGCUGAGAGGCGGAUUUCCAGAGACAAGUGGCCAGAAUAUUAUGAUACGAAGAAAGCAAGGUUUAUAGGGAAACAGGCUCGGUUAUUUCAAACGUGGUCGAUUGCAGGUUAUCUUGUCGCAAAGCUUCUUCUCGCCAAUCCAAAUGCAGCAAAGAUUCUUGUAAAUGAAGAGGACCCGGAGCUUCUGAAUACGUUCUCUCACAUAAUCAAUGCUAGUCCGAGAAGGAAACGCGGCAGAACCGGAUUUAAGCAGUCCUUCAUAGUCUGAACCUCAGGAAAACUUGUAACAUCAUAGCUUAGGACAGUAUGGGUGUGCUAUUUUGUGCCCAAGUGGUUCAUUUCACCCCCUUCAACUUGUCAAAAAAAAAAAAAUCAAAAGAGUUUAAAUUCGUAAAUCAGUUUAUACUCUAAUAUGACGUCAGUCUUGAUGGUCAAUAUGUAAACGGACCUAACACUGACAAGUUGUGAGUAUUUAAUCAAAACUACGAAUUUGAACUCUUUUGGAACUUUUGUAUUGUAAAUUCAUUUUGUAUCAUACACACACGCCGAGACUCUGUAAAACAAAUGAUAUAGUUGUGGGAAUACUUACAGAUACCGUUUUUUGUA